AUUAGCCUUUCUCGAAACAGAGUGAGUGACUGACACCCACCAAAACGAGAAAAUUCAGCCCCAAAUCCGUCUAGGCCCUCUCCCCAGUCCCCCUCGCAACGAUGUCGUUGUCCUCCUCCUCCUCCUCCUCCUCCUCCUCCUCCUCAGAAUCGGAAUCAGAACCUCCGACGGGCAUAUGCCUGAUCCCCUCCCUACCUGAUGACGUGGCACUGAACUGCCUAGCACGCAUCCCUAGGCCCUACCACCCCGUCCUCUCCCUUGUCUCGAAGCCCAUCCACUCCCUUUUCUCCUCCCCUCACUUUUACCACGCCCGCUUUCUUCUUAACUCCACCCAACAUCACCUCUACCUCACGCUCCGCUCACGCGCCUCAACCCUCCUCUGGUUCACUCUCCAUCGAACCCCGUCCCGCAUCCUCCUCGUCCCGCUCCCCUCUCAACCGUCCCCCGCUAUCGGCUCUGCCUACGCCGUUCUCGGUUCCACCAUUUACGUCAUCGGCGGCUCCAUUAACGACGUUCCCUCCUCUCACAUCUGGCUCCUCGACUGCCGCUUCCACCGAUGGCGACGUGGACCCUCUAUGCGCGUCGGCCGCGAGUUCGCCGCUGCGGGAGUCGUCGACGGAAAGAUUUACGUCAUCGGAGGCUGCGUCGCUGACAAUUGGGCCAGGUCGGCCAACUGGGCGGAGGUUCUUGACCCCGCCUCCGAGAAAUGGGAGCGCGUGGCGAGCCCCGCGGAGGUUCGGGAGAAGUGGAUGCACGCAAGCGCCGUGGUGGACGGCAAGGUGUACGCCAUGGCGGAUCGCGGCGGCAUCGCGUUGGAUCCCCGAUGCGGCGCUUGGGAGAGCGUGGGAACGGAGCUGGACCUCGGGUGGCGAGGGAGGGCGUGCGUGGUGGAUGAUAUUCUUUAUUGCUACGAUUACUUGGGGAAGAUUAAAGGGUUCGAUGUGAAGAGUGGGGUAUGGAAAGAGCUGAAGGGGUUGCAUAAGGGGUUGCCUCGGUUUCUGUGUGGUGCUACCAUGGCUGAUUUGGGUGGGAAGUUGGUUGUGGUGUGGGAGUGUGGUGGUGGGAAUGGGAAAGACAUGGACAUUUGGUGUGCUGAGAUUCAAGUUAGCAGGAAGAAUGGUGAACUGUGGGGUGAGGUUGAUUGGUUCCAGAAGGUUCUUUCUGUUCCCAAAGGCUCUUCUAUUGUGCACUGUUCUUCAGUUGCUUUGUGACACUUGAUCCAACAAGUUCUUUUCUAGUUUGAUCAGGUGCCAUUUACAGCUCCAUUGUUGUUUGAAUAAAUGGGGUUUGCUCAAAAUAGUAUGUGCAUUUUACAACUGUAUAUUGCCUUGUGUAUUUUAUUACUUUAAUAGUUCAACAUUCCCUUUGUUUGCGUUAUGGAUGUGAUGUGGAUGAGUAACUUGUAGAUUGAAGGUUGUGUUUGUGAGAUAAAUCCAUGGUGUAUUCCACUAUA